CCCGAGACUCCCUAAUAUAUCUAGUAAAUAAUUAAAAAGCAAGGAAAAGAAACCAUCGCUAACGUUUAAUUUUGUUGUGUGUAUAUAUACAUAUGCUUGGGAAGGAGUGCUAUGUAGGGACUUCGCUUCUAAGUUUGCCAUUUAUAUUAUGGAGAAGCAGUAUUGUGCAGUUUUAGUUAUAUUACUGCUUGCGACAGUUGUACCGUCUUGUUCUUCUUCCACCGGCUCUAGACAAUUUCAUUUCAAUGUCCAAUGGAAGAACAUAAGUCGUUUAUGCAGUAGAAAAGAAAUACUGACAGUCAAUGGGGAGUAUCCAGGACCAACAAUUGCUGUAAAUGAAGGAGAGAAUGUGGCGAUUAGAGUUACUAAUGGAGUUUCUAUAAACACCACCAUCCACUGGCAUGGAAUCAAGCAACUAAGAACUGGAUGGGCAGAUGGGCCAGCAUAUGUCACCCAGUGUCCCAUAAGACCUGGUCAAUCUUAUACAUACAAGUUCACAGUUAGUGGCCAAAGAGGAACCCUUUGGUGGCAUGCUCACAUUGCUUGGCAGAGAGCAACCAUCUAUGGUGCAAUUAUCAUAUACCCUCGUAUGCCAUACCCAUUCUCAACUCCAAUCCAAGCAGAAAUCCCUAUAAUAUUUGGAGAAUGGUGGAAUUUACCUGUUGAAGGAAUAGAAACUGAAAUGAACAAGUAUGGUAAUGGUCCGAACUCAUCAGAUGCUUAUACAAUUAAUGGUUUGCCUGGAUCACUCUACCCAUGCUCCGUUAGAGAUACUUUUAUCCAGACUGUGGAACGCGGGAAGACAUACAUGCUUAGAAUCAUUAACGCAGCCCUUAACGAUGAGCUCUUCUUCAGCAUAGCCAACCAUACACUUACAGUCGUUGAAAUCGAUGCCUCUUACACCAAACCCUUUGACACCGAAGCCAUCAUGAUCACUCCCGGUCAAACUUCCACUGUGCUCUUCACUGCAAAUCAAGACAAACAUGACUCAACCGGACUGUUCGUUAUGGCAGCCAGGCCUUACCUCACCACUGUAUUCCCUUUCGACAACACUACCACAAUUGGUUUCUUGAAAUACAAAGGAACCCUUGCUGAAAAUAUGGUUCUCCCUGAACCAUAUAAACUUCGCUUGCCUUACCAUCUUCCUCGUAUGGAAGAUCAUGCAUUUGCGACAAGUUUUUCAAAUCAGCUUCGGAGUCUUGGAACCCCUAAGUACCCUUGUAGUGUACCAAAAAGAAUUGAUAAAAGAGUUGUCAUCACCAUAAGUCUUAAUCUUCAAGAUUGUCCUGUUAACCAGACAUGCAAAGGGUAUAACGGGAAGAGAUUUGCAGCCUCUAUGAACAACCAGUCCUUUAUCCGUCCCUUAAACUCCAUACUCGACUGGCAUUACCGUAAAUAUUCUUCUACGCAGUACUCUUACGACUUCCCACAGAAGCCACCACAUGUUUUCGACUAUACAGGGGUGGAUCCAAUGACACAUAACCUAAAUCCAGAGUUUGGUACAAAGCUGUUUGCAGUGGAAUACGGGACUAAGUUAGAAAUUGUGCUUCAAGACACGAGUUUCCUUAACUUGGAAAAUCACCCGAUUCAUAUCCAUGGUCAUAACUUUUUCAUCGUGGGUAGAGGGUUUGGGAAUUAUGAUGCUGAGAAGGAUACUGGCAGUUAUAACCUUGUGGACCCCCCUGAGAGGAACACUGUUGCUGUACCAAUGGGGGGAUGGGCUGCUGUUAGAAUUAAUGCCGACAAUCCAGGGGUAUGGUUUAUGCAUUGUCAUCUUGAAGAGCAUACUUCAUGGGGUCUUGCUGCAGGUUUCAUUGUCAAAAAUGGUGCAAAGCCAUAUCAAAAAUUGCUUCCUCCACCUGAUGAUCUUCCAGCAUGUUGA